AAAACCCUAUUUCACUUCAGCUACCCCCUCCACCCAUUACCCGCCACUGCACCCCGCCUGACGCUCGGGGUUCCUGCCCGACACAGUCUCAGCGGCUACCGCCGCACGCUGCAUUCUCGGCUGCUGUCAGCCUUCCCUCGAAAUUGCCGUCGGUGGUUCAGCACCAAUCCUGCGCCGUUGGUGCGAUCGCAUCGCCGCCACUCAUUUGCCAGUUCCCCAAGGAAAUUUAGGCUUGUUAUUUGAUCAAGAAAAGAAUGAGGUUAGAGAAGUGUUGGUUCUGUUCCUCCACUAUAUAUCCAGGACAUGGUAUUCAGUUUGUUCGCAAUGAUGCGAAGAUUUUUAGAUUUUGUCGGUCAAAAUGCCACAAGAACUUUAAGAUGAAGAGAAAUCCCCGCAAAGUAAAAUGGACCAAGGCCUAUAGAAGGUUGCAUGGAAAGGAUAUGACACAGGACUCAACUUUUGAGUUUGAGAGGAAGCGCAAUAGGCCGGAGAGAUAUGACAGGAAUCUCACGGAAGAGACAUUGAGGGCUAUUAAGAAGAUUGAUAAAGUCAGAGCAGAAAGGGAGUCGAGGCACAUUGCACGCAGAAUGCAAGGAAAGAAAGCAAAGGAACUCAGAGAGGCAAAGAAGGAAUUGGAUCAGAGCAUCAGUUUGGUCAAAGCUCCUCUUGCUCUCAAGGAGGAUCCUUCCCUCACCCUUCCAAAGAUCAAAGUCAGUGUGGAACCAUCACAAGCAGAGCAAAAUCAGAGUAUGGAAGAAUGAGUUUGUUCCUCUUAUAUCACUAUAUCAAAUAUUUACGUCGUAAUUACUUUUUCACAUAUCUCGAACUGCUACAAUUCUUAUGCAGUGGUAGAUUGUCAUUGUUUGUUCUAUAGAAUUUCAUUUUGAGAAUGUUUCUUUAAUCAUUUUUUUCGUA